AUGGAGGAAGAGCGCCUCUGGAAGUUCAGCAAGCCGGAAUGGCUCAACAGCGCUUGGGCUCGUAACUUUGGCGUCUACGGCGCCGGAGCUCUGUUCUCCAUCGCCUUCUACGUCAUGCUCGACUCCGCCGUCUGGUCAAAGUCAGCCCGCAACGGCUCCGACACCCACGUCACCUUUGUCGACUGGCUGCCCCUCAUCUUCUCCUCGCUCGGCAUGCUCAUCAUCAACUCGGUCGAGAAGGCGCGUUUGUCGGCCGACAGCUUCUCGUACAGCGGCAACGGCGUCGCGUGGAAGGCCCGCGUCGUGCUGUUCCUCGGCUUCGCCGCGCUGGCCGGGGGUAUGGCGGGCGGCGUGACGGUCUUUGUGCUCAAGUUUGUCGUGCAGGAUGUCGCCAUGCCGGCGCUGGGCAUGGGCAUCGAGAACGUUGUCGCGAAUGCGCUCGUGGGCUUGAGCAGUGUCGUGCUUUGGAUCAGCCAGAAUAUGGAGGAUGAGUAUAGCUACAACCUUGCUCUGUAA